CCGCGUUCCCGGGAGCGGAGGCACCAGCACCGGCCCGGGCGCCCCGAGAGCUAUAAUAUGGAUUUAGAACUCCAGGAGUUUUAUAACAAGACCCCUGCCACGGAGAACAAUACUGCUGCCACUCGGAAUUCUGAUUUCCCCGUCUGGGAUGACUAUAAAAGCAGUGUGGAUGACUUGCAGUAUUUUCUGAUUGGACUUUAUACGUUUGUAAGUCUUCUUGGCUUUAUGGGCAAUCUUCUUAUUUUAAUGGCUCUCAUGAGAAAGCGUAAUCAGAAGACGACGGUCAACUUCCUCAUAGGAAACUUGGCCUUCUCUGAUAUUUUGGUUGUGCUGUUUUGCUCCCCUUUCACGCUGACCUCUGUCCUGCUGGAUCAGUGGAUGUUUGGCAAAGUCAUGUGUCAUAUUAUGCCUUUUCUACAAUGUGUGUCCGUUCUGGUCUCAACUUUAAUUCUGAUAUCAAUUGCCAUUGUCAGGUAUCACAUGAUAAAACACCCUAUAUCUAAUAAUUUAACAGCAAAUCAUGGCUACUUCCUGAUUGCUACCGUCUGGACACUAGGUUUUGCAAUUUGUUCUCCCCUUCCAGUGUUUCACAGUCUGGUGGAACUUCAGGAAACGUUUGGUUCAGCAUUGCUGAGCAGCAGAUAUUUAUGUGUUGAGUCGUGGCCAUCUGAUUCAUACAGAAUUGCUUUUACUAUCUCUUUAUUGCUAGUGCAGUAUAUUCUUCCCUUGGUAUGUCUCACUGUAAGUCACACCAGUGUCUGCAGGAGUAUAAGCUGUGGGUUGUCCAACAAAGAAAACAAACUAGAAGAAAAUGAGAUGAUCAACCUAACUCUUCAUCCAUUCAAAAAGAGUGGGCCUCAGGUGAAAACUGCCAGCAGCCAUAAAUGGAGCUAUUCAUUCAUCAGAAAACACAGAAGAAGAUACAGCAAGAAGACAGCCUGUGUGUUACCUGCUCCAGCAAGACCUCCUCAAGAGAACCACUCAAGAAUGCUUCCAGAAAACUUUGGUUCCGUAAAAAGUCAGCCCUCUUCAUCCAGUAAGUUCAUACCAAGGGUCCCCACCUGCUUUGAGAUGAAACCUGAAGAAAACUCAGAUGUUCAUGAAAUGAGAGUAAACCGUUCUAUCAUGAGAAUCAAAAAGAGAUCUCGAAGUGUUUUCUAUAGACUGACCAUACUGAUACUAGUGUUUGCCGUUAGCUGGAUGCCCCUACACCUUUUCCAUGUGGUAACUGAUUUUAAUGAUAACCUUAUUUCAAACAGGCAUUUCAAGUUGGUGUAUUGCAUUUGUCAUUUGUUAGGCAUGAUGUCCUGUUGCCUUAAUCCUAUUCUGUAUGGCUUUCUUAAUAAUGGGAUCAAAGCUGAUUUGAUUUCCCUGAUACAGUGUCUUCAUUUGUCAUAA